AUGAUGGCGACCACGACUUCCGUGUCAAGCCUUUUGGGGUUUGUCCUUUUCGUUUCAGUGGGAAUUCUCCCAAGCAUUUCAAACCCUACAAUUGACCACGAAGUAACCUUAUGGAAGCAAGGUAAAACUAGGGAAAUUUUUUUUUCUUUGAGAACUUUUUAGUAGCUCAAAUCGGCAUAAAGGGUGGGUAACGGUAUUUUCAGUCAGUAAAGGUCGUUGAUUUCAUUUUGGGGAGAAUAUAUCCUGAAUCACGCCAAACUGAAACACAUACGGUGAAAUAUUCGUUAAUUGACCAAAAAGUAUUGCAGAUUAGGUUUUUCAACAUAAGUGAAUAAUUCGUGUUUCUGUACGAAUAAAAAAUACAUAAUCGCAACUUGAGUCACUUGCCCGGGGGGGGGGGGGUACUUUAGGAAUUUCUGGGUGGGGAUGUGCCGCUCGGACCCUGGAACCCUUAACCUAUACUAGAGCUAGUUCAGCUGAAUUUUGCUACCCUAUACUAGAGUAAACUCCCCAAAUCCCCCCUAUCUUAGAGUAGCUGUUUACCUAGUGUAGAUAAAAUCUUCAACCAACUGAUCAGUUUCCUGAAAAAUGAUACCCUAUUCUAGACCCAAACGCUCUGAUUUAUAUACCCUAUCCUAGAGUAAACUGCUUGAAAACCAUACCCUUCACAGCGGCACAUACCUAUAUAGUCCAUAUAUGGCAGUACCCCCGGGGGUCACUUGUCAGUCUAUUGAAACUGCUCUUUUUAAAUGUUGACAAAUGUCUUCCCUUUAAUCAAGUCGUAUAAACGUUCAUUUGCCCUUUUUUAAAAUUUAUCAUUGUUUAUUCAUUUAUCUAUUUAUUUAGCCAGUAAUGUUGCAUGAUCGAUGUUAAGAACCAUUCGCUUAUGGCCGGCAUAAAUGUUGACGGGUGAAAUCAGUCUGGGGUGAAAUAUUGUGUAAAAAUAUCUUUUAUCUGGGACCACCUCUUUUUGAUGCCUACGCACUUUUGUUUUGGUUUGAGUGUCGAGUCCGAGGUGAAUUUUACGGCCGGCGAUCUACACCUCUCCUGUUUGCAAAAGGAAGUGCAUUAAAAAUAGCAGAAUAUAUGUCAUUUCGACGUAACCAUUAACAUUUGCGUUUUCAGGUGAUUUAGGCGUCAACACUUAUCGUAUCCCUAUAAUCACUUCUCUCCCUGAUGGAUCCCUCAUAGCAUUAGCAGAAGGAAGAAAGCACAGUUCUGGAGAUUCGGGACCUAAAUUUCUGGCCAUAAGACGAUCUAAAGAUCAAGGAAUUACUUGGAGUAAUGCUUCCUUUCUCGAAGAUGAUGGUGAAACCCCUGAUGGAUUGAACCUUGGGACAGUGAUUGUGGAUGAGGAGGUUUAUCGUGUGUUUGUCGUUUAUUCCUUCUGUGCACACAAAUGCGUAUAUCAUACUACAUUUUUGAUUAGCAGUGAUGACUUUGGUCUGUCAUGGAGCAAGCCAUAUAACUUAUCUGAGCAGAUCGGUACUUCUCUAUUUCUUCCAGGUCCGGGAUUUGGCAUUCAGGUAUGGUGUUAUUAGAAUAAUGCUCUCAUUGUGGUUACAUUUACCUCAGAAACUGUAAUCACUAUUUUCGUUAGUGAGUGAGUGAGUCAGUCAAUCAGUACUCUGUUUUGUACCAUUUUUCCUCACAGCGAAGCCUUGUCCCAGGCUAGUCAGUCAGACAGUCUGUGAAUCACUGUCAGUAAGUUAAUCAUUCGGUAUACGUUAGUAAGUGAGUUUUUUAAUGUUUUAAAUUUUUACUUGAGUAAAAAUCGUAGAUGGGAAAUGGGAAGGGGGGAAGGGGGUUAUAUAGCAUUUUAAAAGGCCACCUUGUGAUUGCUGUGUUUGCGGCCAGUCACAGAUUGAUUAUUCCGCCUUAUUCUGUUUUGAAUGUUGUAUUUAGAAAAAGCAAGAUCCCCACAGAGGGCGACUGAUCACAUGUGGUCAUACCAUGCCCGGACAUGAUGGAGUAUACUGCAUUGUUAGUGACGGUAAGUUGGAUUGUUCAAUCCAGGGUCUAAAUAAGCUCUCUCCAGUGGGUACUAAAAAAAGUUUUACACAGGGUCGAGGCUCCGACCGAGAGGUCCAGCUUCACAUCCUUUUAUAUACCAUUUUUGACAGAAAUGGUACCCCUUUGCGUACGCCGCCGUAAAAGUUACGCGACAGUGGAAAUCCACCCUUAGCCUAGCUUCAGGUAGCUGUUACGGCAAAUCGCGGCUGGAAUUCAGUAUUAAAACUGCAUUUUGCAUAUUUGACAGAAGUUUAUUCAUCAGAGUUACAUGAGCCAUUUUUCAGCUACCGUGUGAUCAUUUCCCUUGUUUUGUUUUUGUUUCUACUCACCCUCUUACCCAGCGUCUUCGUUCCCCUUGAUCAGCGGUCGGGAAACAGCAUGCGCAGUAAGGGAUGAAGGCUCGAGGUACGAGAUUGGUUUUUACUUAUCUUGGACAUUUUUUCAGGUCCGCGCAUGCGUACGGGGCAGUUCCGGCCACGCCGCUCAGCCCUGGGUGUGACAUUAUGUGUAGAGACCUUUAAGGACGAGGACUAGAUUUAAAGUUUUUUUUUGCGUAUUCUCAACACCCCGGAAAGCUUCAUAGUACUUUUUUUCACCAGAAAAAUUAGCACGGUUGGGGUUAAUGAAGAAGGUUGAGCCCUCUCCCGAUCUCAAAAUCAUAAAACUUCUAGCAUUUGACACCUUGUUUCCGCCACUACGACUAUUCUCGCUAAAACUCGUAGUAGAAUGACGACGGCUAUCGCGUUUUCCCGCCAAAAUGACACUGGCUUACGUGCGCGCGCAAAAAAAAGGUUCUCAUCGUAGCGUCCUCCUCAUCUUUAUACAAUCCACAGACCUCUAUUUUCAUUUCAGAUCACGGUAAAAGCUGGAGGAUUGCAGGAAACAUAACCCAGCGCGGCUCAUUUGAACCUGACGAAUCACAGGUGGUGUUACAGUUCUUACAGUUUUACAGUUUUACAGUUUCCUCCUAGCACUCUUUUACUUGUACUUAUUGUAAUUAUUAAUUAUUUAUAUAAGGAUAUAGUCAACCAUCACCUCCCAACUAGGAAUGUUAAAAUAAGAUCCAAAUCUUUACCCUGAAUUUCUACUUACAUAAGGAAGCAAAUAAAUCUUCGCUAUAAGUUACUUAAGGAAGCCAAGUCAUCUCGAGAUCAAGUCAAAUGGGAAUUGUAUAAAUCCAAGAGAAAUGAAGUAAAAAAGUUGUUAGAACAAUCGGAAGCUGCUUAUUGGAAACAGGAAUUUAUGAAUUCUCAAGAUCCUAAGCAAUUUUGGAAACUAACCAACAAGGUUCUAAGGAAAAGUAAGGAUAGUACUAUUGGUCCCAUAAUAACUGACAGUAAAGAUGUAUUAACCAGUGAUCUAGAAAAAGCUUCUUACUUUAAUGAGUUCUUUGUUAAUAUCAGUGAAGAACUUACAAAGAAUUUAGAACCUCUUGAUCCAAACACCUUAACUUCUUAUGUAACAAGAGUCACUCCUACAAGAUGCGACAUAGAGUUAAAUUGGGAGCUAGUGAAGAAGAAAAUUGAAAAAACAUCAAACCCGAAUAAAGCUACUGGACCGGACCUAGUCUCACCCAAGGACCUUAAACUCCUUGGGGAAUCUUCUAUCCAUAGCCUGCUGCCAGUAUAGAUGAUGCAGUUUUUCCAACAAACUGGAAACUCUGAUAUGAGCAACUUCAGGCCCAUAUCUCUCUUAAGUAUCCCAGGAAAGAUUCUUGAAGACAUUAUAAGCAACAGCAUAGACAAUCACAUUGAAGCUCAGAACCUGCUUAGGGACAAUCAAUGGGGCUUUCGCAAGAAUCAUUCUACAGAGGGUCUCCUUCUUCAUCUUACUGACACUUGGAAGUGGGCCCUAGAUAAUAAUCUUAAAGUUGGUGUUCUGUUUAUUGACUUCAGGAAGGCCUUUGACUCGGUGAACCAUACCAUCCUAUUACAAAAGUUGAAAGCUGUUGGUAUAUCAGGAAAUUUACUAUCUUGGAUGGGAAGCUACCUGUUAAAUCGUAACCAAUUUGUUCAAGUUAAUGAAGUGAAAUCAGACACUAGCUCUAUCAAGUUUGGAGUACCACAAGGGUCAAUCUUAGGACCCAAACUGUUCUCCCUUUAUGUCAAAGACUUUCCUGAAUCUGUAACCUCGGGAGAACUUUAUAUGUUUGCUGAUGAUACUACCAUAUUUGCAUAAGUGAUAAUAUUGAUACUAUAAUUAAGGCCAUGCAAGUUAUACUAGACCAAGUUCUUAGUUGGUGUGGUGCUAACAGAUUGAUUGCUCAUGAAACUAAGUCAGAAGCCUUAUUAUUAUCUAAACAAAGAUUCAUUGGUCCAUUGUUGCCUUUGAAGUAUGGUGAAAAAUUUAUUGAAUUAAAAUCAUCAUGUAAAUGUCUAGGAGUACCUUCUUCUCCUUUAUUUUUGCGGGACUUAAAUUUCGCGAAAAUUUUCUCGGCACAUUUCGCGAGUCUUUAAUUUCGCGAUCGCGGAGAAAAAUUGUGUUUGCAGGGAAUUUAAUUUCGCGAAAUUGACGAUUAACAGGAUUAAGUGACUUUAUUUUUUCUUUUUUACAAAAAUUGUACGUUAAUCAACAAUUGAAACAAAACCAAUAUGCUGUCCCUUAGCGGCAGCCGUAUUCCUCUAAAAGUCCGUCUUACAGUAAUGAAAAAAGUCUUCUUGUUCUUCCGAGUCAUUAUCGAGUAUCGAGAGUAUCGUUACAUGUCCUUCCUAGGAGAUCUCAAUAGAACCUUCAAUCUCUUCAAAUGGAUCCUCGGGGGGAAGACUAAACGAUUCAUCUAAUAGUUGGGCGAUGCCAGCCUUUUCCCACCCUUUAGCGAGAUGACAAUUUUGAAAAUUUUUAAAACUAAACUAGUGAGCAGCACUCUGCGAACUGUUGCUGUAAAACUUGUUUAUUCUCCUACGCGUUUCGUCUAACUAUCGUAGACUUCUUCAGGGAGUUUUACAAUCAAGUACUAAACGCCUGUAUUUAAGCCAUAAUAUGACUAAAAAUAAUGAUGGUCGCAAACAUUGAAAGUUUGGCCGGAUUUACGAAAAGGAACAGGCGCAGCUGUGAAAUUUUCACGCAAGGCGUGAGAAAACUUUGGGGCCACGGUUUUAGCUAAAAUAAGUAACAAAUAAGUUUUACAGCAACAGUUCGCAGAGUGCUGCUCACUAGUUUAGUUUGAAAAAUUUUAAAAAUUUUAAGAAUUAACAUCUUAAGUUGAUAGAUGAUAGCUCCUUGUACUAACACCUUGUGUUAAAAAUUGUUUAGGACCCUUGAAAACACAAAUACAUGAUUUUCUAUGUCCAUUAAAUUUCGCGAGAUCAAAGUUCGCCGUCGUUAUUUUCGCGGGUCUUUAAGUUCGCGAAUUUUUUAAAAUCGCGAAAAUCGCGAAUUUAAGAACCCGCGAAAAUUAAGGAGAAUAAGGUAACUAUAGACAGUAAUCUUUCUUGGCAAGAACACACUAAAAGUCUGUUAAAAUCUUUUAAUAAGAAAAUAGCAGUCCUCAGAAGAAUUAAAUUCUUGCCAUCAUCCAUUCUACAGACCAUUUAUUUUAGGACUGUACUUCCAAGUGUCUUAUACGGAAUAUUAGUAUGGGGUUCCUGCUCACCUGCACCAAUGGAUGAUCUUGAGCGUGCUCAUAUACGAGCUUCUAAACUUAUUUUUAAACUUUCAAGGAAUUCGAAUGCUGAUCAAUUAAAUAAAUUGAAAGGCUGAAACAAUUUAUCAUUUUACUAUACUAAGAGACUGUUAGUAGAAGCGUAUAAAUCCUACUAUAGAUGCAAUACCAAUGUUUUAAAUGAUCUAGUAAUGUUAAAACAAUCAUCUCACUGCCUGAGGAAAUCAAUGAAUAUUGAAUUUCCAAGUCCUAAAUCGGAAAUUGGCAGGCUGACUUUUAAGCAUAGAGCUGCCAUUGCUUGGAACUCACUUCCUGAUUCGAUCAAAAAGUCUUCUAGCUUAGAAUGUUUUAAAAAAAGACUUAGAUCUAGCAAGGACUUAAUUAAUUCUAUAAGCUAUAAUAAGGAAUCUUCCAUGAUAGGAAAUAGGAAUGAGGAAUUUCUUUAUUAAUCUUAUUUAUAUUUGUAUCGUUAUUAUUAUUUAUUCUUUAACUUCUGUUGAUUUUCUAUUUAUUCACAUGUAUAUACUUUAGUUUUUUAACAAGUAGAUAGGCAGGUCCACAUCAGGACUUCAGUCUUACGUAUUCUGUAACCUGCGUUACCAAAUAAACUAUGUAUGUAUGUAUGUAUGUAUGUAUGAGUUUCAACAUGACGCUUUCGCGAGCAAAAACAUUCGCCCGGAAGAGAACGCCUGCCUGGCAGGCUAUGUUUGUUUGAACCCAUCCGCAACACAGAGAAACUACUACCAAGUUUUCAAUAUAGAAAACAUCAUUUUCUUUUUAUUUAUUACUUUUUAAUUGCAAUUUGCUGAUGCAUCACUUUCCUCCCGCAGCUUAUCGAGCUAAAUAAUGGCGUUAUUUUGAUGACCUCCCGUAACCAAGGAAACUUUCACUGCCACUGCCGCAUCAUGUCCAAGAGUUAUGAUGGCGCAGAGUCUUUUGCGCAUGCGGAUAUCUACGUCGACGAGACUCUAGAAGACCCAGUUGUAGCGGCAAGUUUACUGGGCUUGCGCACCACGGUGUACUUCUCUAAUCCAGCCAAUAAGAUGUUUCGUGUGAAUAUGACCUUGCGAUGGAGUAAAGACAAUGGUGCAUCGUGGAAUGGGGCACUUACAGUUUGGAAGGGAGCAAGCGGUUACUCGUGCCUCGCGAUUGUUCCUGGCAUGCAGGCAAACGAAACAUUUAUAGGGAUGGUGUUUGAGAAAGGUCACCUUCGCUACUAUGAAAGUAUUGUGUUUGUUAGAUUUCGAUUGGAAUGAAAGUAUGAAUGAUAUAGACGUACGUACUGAGAGAGUUUUUUUGCUAUCAGUGAAAUACAAAUAAAGAUAAUGAAAGGAGCUGGGUUACGAAAUUUAUCAAACAGUAGGAUCCACCACCAAACUGAGUGAGAAAAAACAAACAAAUAAACAAAGAAAUGAUGAUGAUGAUAAUGUGACGAUGACGGUGUAGCCUGGUCCAGGCUCCGAGAUAGUCGGCUCCGCGGGGAUUGAGAAAGGGCGAACAUGAAAAUAAAACGGGAGGAAACUGCCCCCCCCCCCUCCCCCCCACCUCCCGCCCCUUUUUGCGUCACUUUCGUGCCUUCCCCACUAUCUGAGAGCCUGGAACGGGCUAAUGACGGUGAUGUUGAUAAUGAUGCCAACGAUGAUGAUGAUUAUUCCCCGCAAAGAAAUCGAACAGAAAGCUUGUCGCUGCUUCACGUCCCUGGUCUCCUGGGUGUGUAUUGCACGUGAAUGCUACACGUCGCUGUUACAUGUCUCUGUGUGCACUGCAUGUGACUUUGUUUCCGCUUCACGUCCCUAAUCCAUGCCCCUGUGUGUGUACUGCACGUG